GCGCGUCGCAAAUGCGCAUUUGCCUUCGGCUAUGAAAGUGAAACUUGCCGCCCAUACAGAGCAGGCACUUCCUCCUCACUCCUUCACAAGACUUCAUAACGUCACGUACGGACACAGAAGACGACACACGUUUCACAGGCAAGGAGCAUUUCGGGGGCUGGGAAAGAACCUCAAGUGAAUUUGGAGAAAUGCUUACAUCAAAAGGGUUGACCAGCUCAGAAGCACUACUGCCAGCUUUGCAGCAAAAGUUAUGGGGCGGACGAUUUAUGGGCUCAAUGAACGAUGCCAUGCGUAGCUUCAACAGCUCAAUAGAAGUGGACCGGCGGUUAUGGAAAGAAGACAUUGAGGGAAGCAAAGCAUAUGGAGCUGCAUUGCUGAAUGCUGGGAUCUUAACGCAAGAUGACGAAGAGCAGAUCCAGAGAGGCCUGUUACUGGUAGAACGAGAGUGGGAAUCAGGGACAUUUGUGAUAAAGCCAAGUGAUGAAGACAUCCAUUCUGCAAACGAGCGGAGGCUGAAAGAACUUACAGGAGCCAAUAUAGGAGGUCAACUCCACACAGGACGGAGCCGGAAUGACCAGGUGGCAGUAAACAUGAGACUAUGGCUGAAGAAGUCUAUAAAAGAAAUAAAUUCUGCUAUCAAGCUCUUUAUCAGUGAAUGUUGCAUAAGAGCAAAGAGCGAAAUAGAUGUCUUGAUGCCAGGGUACACUCACCUUCAGAAAGCUCAACCAAUUAGAUGGUCUCACUGGUUAUUAAGCUAUGCCUGGUUUCUAAAACAAGACGCAAGUAGAUUUGAAGAUCUUUUCAAAAGAACAGACAUAUGCCCACUAGGAAGUGGUGCACUUGCCGGGAACCCAUUUUGUAUUGACAGAGAACGCCUUGCAUCAGCGUUGAACUUUGGUGGAAUAUCACAAAACAGCAUGAUGGCGGUUGGUGACAGGGACUUUGUGGUUGAAUUUCUGUUUGCCGUUUCCAUGACAGCUGUUCACUUGAGCAAGUGGGCAGAGGAUAUGAUUAUCUACAGCUCCUCAGAGUUCGGAUUUGUUUCCAUAGACGAUGCAUUCAGCACGGGAAGCAGUUUGAUGCCACAGAAGAAGAAUCCGGACAGCUUGGAACUGAUAAGGGGUAAAGCUGGAAGAUGUUCUGGCCACCUGUACAGUUUGCAAAUGGUGUUGAAAGGACUUCCAAGCACCUAUAACAAGGACCUACAGGAAGAUAAGGCACUUAUGUUCGACGCAUAUGAUACUCUUAUCAGCAUGCUGAUGGUUGCAGCGGGAACGUUGAAAACUCUGAAGCUUCAUCGCGGAGCUUGUACGUCGGCUCUCAGUUCAGAGAUGCUGUCGACUGACGUUGCUUACUACCUCGUCAGAAAAGGGAUGCCGUUCCGAGAAGCACAUCACGCAGUCGGAAACCUGGUAGCCCUUGCUGAAACGAAAGCAGUUGGGAUAGAAGCUCUCGAAAUUUCAGAAACUAAGCGUAUCUCUGUGCCGUCACACAGACCACUGUUCGAUGAAGAUCUUAAAGAGUUGUGGAACUAUGAGCACUCAGUGGAACAGUAUCAAGCAACAGGAGGCACCAGCAGAAAAUCUGUGGAGAAGCAGGUUGCAAGUCUGCAAGACUGGCUGGAACGAGCGUAAGCAUGAAAAUGGCACAGCGUCUGCAGAGAAUAUAUGUUUUCCAUCAGCUUGCUUAUGUGAUGUCUCAAUAUUAAGUGACAGUGCAAGAAAAUAGUUUUGCUAAGUAUCGCUAACAUGCACAAUUGGAAUUAAAAAUGCAGCAAGGAGA